GCAUUCUAGUUUCUUUAUUUCUAUGUUUUCUGUUUCUAUGUUUUGGCCGGUUAUGGUUCACAAUCAUACUUAUCAUACUUAGGAAUCAUACUUAGGCAGACUUUUUCCCUUUUGGUGUUGUGGGUAGUUGUCUGUGUUAGUGGCUUGUAUAGACCUAGUCAGCUUCACGUUAGUUUUUUUUCGUUGGCGAUAUUCAAAGUAAAAAGAAAAUGUACGCUCACCACCUUGGUCCGGUCAUUUCCCUGACGACGUUCGUUCCCUCUUGAGUAAAAUAAAAAAAAGUAUUUGGGUUUUAAACAUACUUAAGUAUCAAAAGUAAAUGUAAUUGCUAAAAUAUACUUAAGUAUCAAAAGUAUAACUCCUUUCAAAUUCCUUAUAUUAAGCAAACCAGAUGGCAUGAUUUUCUUGUUUACAUUUUUUUACGGACAGGCAAGGCACACUCCAACACUCAGACAUAAUUUACAAACAAAAGCAUUUGUGUUUAGUGAGUCCGCCAGAUCAGAUGACCAGGGAUGUUCUCUUUACGUGGCCAUGCACAGUUGGAUGUGUGCGGCACAGCUCCUCUCAACACAAAGAUCGUGGGGGGUCUUAAUGCUGUGGCAGGGAGCUGGCCAUGGCAGGCCAGUCUGCACAGAUCCAGCGGACAUUUUUGUGGAGGCUCCCUUGUCAACAAAGACUGGGUCCUGACUGCCGCUCACUGCUUCGCCAGCACCAGCACGUCUGGCCUGCUUGUCUACCUGGGCCGGGAAAAUCAGAAAAGCGUCAACCCCAACGAGGUGUCCCGAACGGUCUCUCAGAUCAUCCGCCACCCCAACUACAACAGUGCAACCAAUGACAAUGACAUCUGUCUGCUGAAGCUCUCGUCAUCCGUCACCUUCACUAACUACAUUCGGCCGGUCUGCCUGACAGCAGGGGGCAGCACAUACUACAAUGGCACUACUAGCUGGGUCACUGGCUGGGGCAAUAUCAAUAGUGGAGUGUCCCUGCCCUCACCCCAGACCCUACAGGAGGUGGAGCUGCCAAUAGUGGGGAACAGGAAGUGUACCUGUCUCUAUGCUGGAGUGGGUUCAAUCACAGGCAACAUGAUCUGUGCUGGUCUAUUGGCAGGAGGAAAGGAUUCCUGUCAGGGAGACUCAGGGGGGCCGCUAGUGAGCAAAUCGGGCUUAGUCUGGAUCCAGUCUGGUGUUGUGAGUUUCGGAGUAAGCUGUGCUAAACCAAAUUUUCCAGGAGUGUAUGCCAGAGUGUCCCAGUACCAGGCCUGGAUCAAGAGCCAGAUCAGCACGGACCAACCAGGCUUCGUCACCUUCUCCUCCAGUGGGAAUAACUCUGACCUCACUGUCACCUGUGCUGCACUGUCCGGUGGGGCCACACACCUCCUCUCCUUCUCCCUCUCUCUCCUCCUAUCCCUCUCUCCCAUUCUCCUUUCUUUUUAUCUUUUCUUAUAGGGAAUACACUAAAAGUGGAUUCUGUGUCCACUGCACUUCUCAUUGUAUGCGAAAAGCACUGUAAUAGUAUGUUAAAACUGUCAACAAUAAAUGAUUGGUUUCAUUCAAUAUGAA